AUGAUCACAAGAAAAUUUCUUCGAACUACGCGUUUUUCACGCCCUGUUCUCCCCCGCUUCUACAGCCCAUCUGCCCUUUCCAGUGGCCCGAGUAAAGCUCGCUCUCCUGCUCCCAUUAGCCGCUUUUCGCGUCUCACGAAGCCCGCGUUUAUACCAUCACAUUUCGGGAAUACCAUUACAACAUUUUCAACCAUGGUCCCCUCGAAACGUGAUCCCACAAUGCAUGCCAGCCUGAAUGAGGCGGACCGGCUUGAGAAGCUCCUGGACAAGGACGGAUUCAAAAAAUGGGGCUUUGUGAUCUAUCGAUGCACAUACCAAAACAAUAUUGACUGGGAGAAUUUUAUGGCUCGCUUCGUGAGCGCCGUCCCAGAUUACCUUGAAUUUUAUAAUGGCCUUGAUCUCCUCGACACAUUCACCCCAACGGUCUUGGAGGACCCUUCCUUUGAGGGCGCGACAGUCGCUACUCUACGCGAGCACUUCAAUCAGUGGGCCAAGUCUUCGUUAAAAGAGGAACAGGGUGUUGCUGAAGACUACCAAGCAUGUACCGGCCGCUACCGGUUUUUCAUUAUGGUGGAUCAAGAAGCUAUGGAUUCGGUUUUGAGCGCCCCUGAAGAUGAAGAUGAAGCAGCAUUUGUUCGUAUGGUUUAUGCUGAAUGGGAACCAGAGGUGCCUGAUGAAGAAGACAUUGCGAAGGAGCCUAUUGAGGGGUGUACUCAGAACGAUGUGGGUUGGAUGAAAACGUGCUGGCGUUGGGUACAGCUGCCAGGGUUUCAUAAGAUGCAGGAUUGGGAUGACUGGGAAGCGUACUAUGUUCGGCCCCCAGAGAUUGGAGACAUUCCGUGA